GCAAUCUCUUGCAUUGAUUUUGGUUCUUGGAGCGCCUUCAAAACAAAAGAACAUAAUAACUCUCUUCAUUCCCAAGUUCCAUCUCAACUUUCUGUGGUGUCUCUCUGGUUACUUCAUUUCCCAUAUUUCUCUCAUUUCCACAAGUGAACCAUGUCAAUUGUCGCGGAGGUUGUCGCGGGGGCUGCUUUAUCCGCUUUCUUUGAUAAGCUGUUUGACAAGUUUAGCUCCUCUGAUUUGUUGAAGACCUUUCGGAAAGAGAAUUUUGACGCUGAUCUCAAGAAGUGGGAGAGCAUGUUGCUGAAAAUUCAGUUAGUUCUGGAUGACGCAGAAGAGAAGCAGUUGACAAGCAGGUUGGUGAAGAUCUGGCUGGAUGAGCUGGAAGACUUGGCUUAUGAUGUGGACGACAUCUUGGACGAGUUUGCUACUGAAGCUCUACGACGUCAGCUGAACCCAGAACCCAAAAGUGAUUUUGUUAAGCAGAUGAGGUCCAAGAUUGAAGGUAUUGAUAGAAGACUGCAAGAAAUAGUGGAAGAGAAGAAAGAUCUGGAGUUGAGAGAAAAUACUGGGAGAAGGACUAUAACAAAAACAUCAAGGCCGCCCUCAACUUCUCUGGUGAAUGAAAGUCGUACUUAUGGUAGAGACGAAGAUAAAAUGAAGAUUGUCAAGUUGUUGCUCGAAUCAAGUGAUGCUCAACUCUCUGUGAUUCCCAUAGUUGGUAUGGGUGGGCUGGGGAAGACGACUCUUGCCCAGCUAGUCUACAAAGACGAUGAAGUGAGCCGUCAUUUUCAGUUGAAAGCCUGGGUUUGCGUGUCUGAAGAUUUUGACAAUCUAAGGUUGACUAAAGAAAUUCUACACUCUACUUCUGAAUCUUGCCAUGAUAAUAAUAAUUUAGAUUCACUUCAAGGCAAACUGAAGAAUACAUUAUCAGGGAAGAAGUUCUUGCUCAUCUUGGAUGACGUUUGGAAUGAAAAUUAUGAAUUGUGGACUGAACUGUGCAAGCCUUUCGAAUUUGGGGCUCAAGGAAGUAAGAUUGUUGUCACAACUCGGAAUGAUGAUGUUUCAUCAAUAAUGGGAACUACUCCACCGUACAAGUUGAAAGAGUUGUCACGUGAUGCUUGUUUACGUGUAUUUACCCACCACGCGUUAGAUGCAACAGAUUUUAGUGAGUAUCCAGAACUUAAAAAAUAUGGUCAAGAAAUUGUAGAUAGGUGCAAGGGAGCACCUUUGGCAGCAAAAGCACUUGGCGGCCUUUUACGCAGUAAACACGAUCCUUGUGAGUGGGAAGAUGUGUUAAAUAGCAAGAUCUGGGAUAUUCCUGAAGAUAAAAGUAGUAUUUUUUCCGUUCUUAGAUUGAGCUACAACUAUCUUCCUUCUCAUUUAAAGAGGUGCUUUGCCUAUUGUUCACUGUUUCCAAAGGACUACGAAUUUCAGGAGAGAGAGCUAGUCUUGUUAUGGAUGGCAGAAGGUUUGAUUCAAGAAACAAAAGCAAAGAAGCCAAUGGAAGAUCUUGGUGGUGAUUAUUUUCGUGAUCUACUCAAUAGAUCAUUUUUUCAACAAUCAAGCAGUUACGAAUCACUAUCAUUUUUUCAACAAUCAAGCAGUUAUGAAUCACUCUUUGUCAUGCAUGACCUUAUGAAUGAUUUAGCUAUGUGGGCAGCGGGAGACUUGUGCUGUAGGUUGGAGGAUCAAUUGGGUGGUAGUAAGCAAUUUGAAAUUUCUACAAAGGUACGACAUUUUCUUAUAUUGAACAUUCAAACGAUUGCAUCCAUAAGUUUAAUGAAGAUGUGCAUUUAAGGACCUUCCUGUCGCUACCAUUAUAUAACCAAGAUGGCUUAACAAAUUUUGAUGUUAGAUAUUGUUCGUUUCCACAAUUAAGAUGCUUAAGGGUAUUAUCUUUAAGUGGAAAUGAUAUCUUUGAGCUACCAAGUUCAAUUGGUGAUCUGAAACAUCUAAGAUACCUCAACCUUUCUUAUACUAAGAUUGCAAUUCUACCAGAAUCAACAAGUUCAUUGUACAACCUACAAACAUUGAUAUUGAAAGGUUGUGACUAUCUCACAAAAUUACCAGAACAAAUUGAAAAUUUGGUCAAUCUUCGACAUCUCAAUAUAACAGAUGCAAAAUCAAUUAGAGAGAUGCCAGCUGGAAUAGCAAAAUUAAAGAGCUUAUGGACGCUAUCUAAUUUUGUUGUGGGGAAAGAUAAGAUAGUAGACUUGAUGAAUUUGGAAUUUCUUCAGGGAACACUUUGCAUUUCCCACUUGGAGAACAUGCUUGAUGC